AUGGCGCGUGCGGCGGGGUGGUGGGCGCCCGUCGUUUGGAGGGCUUGCAACUUGCUCAUGGCCGCCUUCUUCGCGCUGGCGGCCUUUGUGCAGGUAAAUGAUCCAGAUGCAGAGCUGUGGAUGGUGGUAUACACGAUACCUGCAGGGCUGACCUUGCUUGUUGGACUUAACCCUUUUGUCACAGGUAACUUUAUUUGGAAGAGCGUCUCCACAAUACACAUACUCUUUUGUAUCAUGUGGGCUCUUAGCUUGGGAUCCUCCCUCUUGCUUCAUGCACAGCAGAGCAUCUUACAUGAGGAAGAAGGCAGGGAGUUGUUUGGUCUGGUGAUUAUAGCUGCAUGGAUGAGCCUAUGCUGUAGUUCAUCAAAGACUCCAGUUGCUGGAAGAACUCAGUUGACCAUUGCUGUUACAAUCUCUCUUUUACCAUUCAUAUCCUGGGUCUAUAUAUAUGUAAAUGAAGAGAUGCGAUCCUCCUGGCCUACUCACUGCAAGACAGUAAUUUAA